AUGGUUGGCCUACUCACCGUGCAGUUCACCGGCUGGAGGGACCCUAGCCUGACCGAGCUGGGUGAGCAGGAGGCCCUCAAGGGUGCCGAGGAGCUCAAGAAGGCUGGUCUCACUCACUUUGACCUCGCCUUCACCUCUGCUCUGCAGCGCGCCCAGAAGACCCUGGGUAUCCAGCUCAAGGCCAUCGGCCAGGAGAACAUCCCGGUCACCCAGGACCAGGCCCUGAACGAGCGCGACUACGGUGAGCUCACCGGCCUCAACAAGGACGACGCUCGUGCCAAGUUCGGUGAGGAGCAGGUGCACACCUGGCGCCGCUCGUACGACAUCGUCCCCCCGGGCGGCGAGUCGCUGAAGCUUACUGCUGAGCGUGUGCUUCCCUUCUUUGAGAAGCACAUCAAGCCCGCUGUCCAGGAGGGCAAGUCGGUCCUUGUUGCUGCCCACGGCAACUCGCUCCGCGCCGUGAUCAUGGCUCUCGAGAACAUGACCGGUGAGCAGAUCGUCAACACGGAGCUCGCGACCGGUGUCCCGAUCGUCUACAAGAUCGACUCGGACGGCAAGGUCGUCGACAAGCAGAUCCUGCAUACUUCGACCCCUACCCCGGCGCAGGAGCCGGAAAAGGCGGGGUCGCAGAAGGGCGCCGUGCUGGGCCGCACGCCUGACGGCCGUCUGUUCCAUGUCCAAGAGACGCCGGACAUGCUUAGCUCCAUCUUCCGUCCGGACCUUCCCAAGACACCGCUGGACUAUGUGACGAUCGUCUCGCUCACGGUCCAGGUCGUGCUCUUCUUCACCUUGUCGCGGUCGACCGCACGGAUCUUUUUUAUGCUCUACUUUGCAUUUUGGCGUAUCUCGUACAACGGCGGACUGGGAUACCUGCUGGUCCAGCAGAGCACGACGCGCUGGAUCGUCCGCCUGGUGGAGCGCGAGGGCUGGAUGGACCCGAAGCGCUCGCCGCGCAUCAGUGCGUGGAUACAGCAGCAGCUGCAGACCAAGAUGGGCAAGCAGUACAAGUUUGAGGAAAUGCCGAUUGAGUACAACACAUGGCUCUUAUUCCGCUCGAUGGUUGACGUGAUUCUGUUGAACGACUUUACGGCCUACUUCUUCUUUGGCGUGUCCAACAUGCACGGCACGCGUGGUCUCGGCUGGUUCCUGUUUAUCGUGCGCUGGGCGACCGGCCUGCUCCUCAUCGUGUUCAACAUCUGGGUCAAGCUCGAUGCGCACCGUGUGGUGAAGGACUACGCCUGGUACUGGGGCGACUGCUUCUUCCUCUGCCUGCAAAACCUCGUGUUCGACGGCGUGUACGAGGUUGCGCCGGAUCCGAUGUACAGCAUUGGCUAUGCGGGCUACUACGGCCUGUCGCUGCUCACCGGCAGCUACACGGUGCUCUUUGUGUCGCUUGCUGCACACGCUUCGCAGCUGCUCUUCUUGGUGCUGUUCGAGAACCCCCACAUGGAGCGUGUCUAUGGUGAGAAGCGCCCGAUCGCGGCGCGCGUCUCGCAGAAGAAGGCGGCGAUAGACUCGUCGUCGGAAACGCCGGCGUCCUCGGACGGGACGACGCCCUCGCCCGAGACCGUUGCGCACGACCUGCACCACCGCCUCUUCCGCAAUGACAACGUCGUCUUUUCACGCCUGGAUAUGCUGCGUGCUACCGACUUUUUGCUCGUGGUGGCCGUGGUGUAUGCUACGCUUCCGUUCCUCUUUUACAAUGUGGGCCCCCGCACGCUUGUGGUCUUGCUGUGCACCAAUGCACUGGCCUGGCGCAUUUACCACUCCUUCGGUCUCGGUGCGGCGCUCAACGCGCAGUCGAGCGACAAGUGGAUCGUGCGCCACUUUUUGAAGUUUUACCCCUUUUCCGACGCGCGCGAUGCGGUGUACGAGGCGUUUGAGCAGUGGAAGGUCAUCUACAACACGAGUCUCGUGAUGACGUACUUGUCGUUUGCGAUGCUCGCCUUCCGCUGUUACGCGCCGGUUGACCAGGCGUGGCCCGCCGGCACGACGCUGCUCCGCCAUGUGCUCGGUGUGCUGCUGAUCCUGCUGCACAUCUGGAGCGCGCGCUCCUCCUACCACGUCCUGGGUCCAUUUGGCUGGCUGUACGGCGACUUUUUCAUUGCCGACUACCCCCGCCGUCUGUCGUACACGGGUAUCUACCGCUUCCUGAACAACCCCGAACGCAGCAUGGGUGGCGCCGCCUUCUUUGGUAUGGCGCUCAUCAGCGGCAGCCCGCUGGUGACGUGCAUUGCGAUCCUCUCGCACCUUUCGCACUGGUGGUUCCUGAGCUACGUCGAGGGGCCCCAUAUGCGCAAGCUGUACGGUGAGGAGGUGCGCGAAGACUCGGGUGUGACGAAGCAGAUGAAGAACAUUGCGCGUCGCAACGCCUUUCUUUUCCGCAAUGCAAACCAGCACCCCAAGGUGCGCGAUGUGCAGGAGACGCUGCGCCGCACGCAAGUCCAGGCCAAGAGCGUUGUCGAUCAGAUCUUCGCGCAGGGCCGCCCGAAUGUCGAGCGCUUCGUCGACAACACACAGGCGAUUUUCCUGGACCAGCGCAACAAGCUCUUCAACAUGCGCACUGGCAACGAGAUCCGCACCAUCGACCGCUCCAAGUACAGCGUGAUGGUCGCCGACUCGCCCAACACGCAGGCCAAGCGCUACCACCUCGGCGAGACGAUCUCGGCUCGCUGGACGGCCGCACGCAACCACUCGCGCCGCGACUGGAUUGGCAUGUACCUGGUCGACUCGCUUGAUGCCGAGCCGAGCGGCCGCGAAGAGUCGGGCCUGCUUGUCACGCGUCUCUCGAGCCGUGGCAAGUGGGUCGGUUUGGCCGAGCAGGAGUGGGUCGGCGACGAGCAUGCUGGCAAGGAGCGUGGCCCGCUCGGCACGGAAGGCGUCUCGGACGUGAACCAGGAGCUGGACCACGUGGAAGGCAUCAGCGUCUUCCGUGGCCCUCGUCUGCCGUGGCGCACGGGCCGUUACGAGCUGCGCUACCACCACGAUGGAAGCCACGAUGUGCUGGCGCGCAGCGAGCCGUUUGAGAUCUACGUCGAGACGCCCAAGGACCCCUACUCCUUCUCGGAGACCUACGCGUCGCUGACCAAGAUUGUGCACUUUGCGCUUGCCGACUCGCCUUCGCAGGAUACGCCGCCGUACCAGUCCGAGGACCCCGAUGACCUGACGCUCUGGAGCCACCUCCAGGUCCAGCAUAUUGCGACCGGCAUCUCGUCUGCCUUCCAUGUGGACUUUUCGCCGGAAGUCAUUGUGGCCGACGCCAACACCGCCACGCUCGCACGCAACAUUGUAGCCGCUCGUCAGCUGAUGCGCGGCGAUCUGCCCAUUUCAUGA